AUGAGCGACCACAUUUGUCCAUCGUACACCGUGCUCAAGUCGGAAGACCUGAACUAUGACGACCUUACUAAGCUCAAUCCAUUCUAUGAGCCGUUCAUACAGUUCUGGUCCAGCUCCCCAACUAGCUACGCAGCUAGCCCACUCGAUGCUCAGUCAACAUCCUCAUCGGAGUACAUUCCCGUUGGAAUCGAUUCGGAUCUUUCGCCCCUCGACUCCCCCUCGUCGCCCGUGAUGCACGGGCCCCAGUUCGAUGACACGAUCCAAUUGCUAAAGAAGCCGGGCAUGACACUCCACGACGGCCGUGGACACGAAGUCUGCUACCAUCCAUACAGUGUUCACGACGCCGGUCAAACGGCCACCGUAGAGCCCAGUCUGACCCGUCAGCUGUCCUCAACUGCAACAGACCUGACUGGUGCUUCAUUGAUUGGCAACCCCUUGAGCGAGACCAAGUCAGCGCACAAGAAGCUUUUCGGUGAGAAAGGCUGGCUAGGAAGCAAUGCAGAUCUCAGAGAGCUUGCGGGGAACAAUCAUAAGUCUCUUGGCUUGCGAAGACUGGGGAAGAAGUUUAAGAUGCAUGUUGAAGAUUUGAUGGAAGACCUGACCGGUGAUUUGUUCAAGGCCAACCCCAGCACCCACCUCCCUGGGCCACUUCACGAAAGACUUGGGGCUGCACGAACGGUGCCCAUCUCCCUGGACGCUCCGACCCAAGCCAAGCUCUACUCGCAGAUGGAGGUCAUGAUCUGUGUCGCUGCCAACAGAUUUCUCAUUGAACAGUACCACCGAGGUUUGCUAUCCGACGAAUCGAUCACGAAGAUCACCAAUUUCUGGGAUGCUAAGAACAGACCCCGGGUAGUGGAAUUCCAUUAUGACCAAGCUACCCAGCGACAAUUGAUCUUAUUGAACCUUUGCACAGUUCAAUUCAGCGGACCAAGCGCGACCAAUCCGGUUCAGCUGAGGACAAAUCUGAACAAUUGGAAAGCGAUCGGAAAAGAGAUGAGCGUCCGCACCUUCUGCACUCCGGAUAGUGCAAUCCGUAAACACAUGAACGAAGUUCACAGGCUUCUCGAGAUGCUCGGGGCAUCCAGGGAUGCUAUGCAUGACUUUGCAAGCGUGCGGCUACAGGCGUUGUUGUUUAUGAAGCGUGGUUGA